UUAUAAAUGCCAAUGUCUGCCCCGCUUUUGGUGAUGAUGGACCAAAAGAGUCAAUGCCACUAAGGAGCCCCAGCUACAGCUAUGCCUUUCUUGCAAGAAACCCGAUGAGAAAGACACUGAGCGAUGGCCACCUAUCCAGAGAGUUGCUUGGAUGUUACCAUGCUGAACUUCGUCGCAGAUCUCUCUCUGGCCUCUCCAAGACACCCUCUUCUCUGCGACUUCCCACCUGGGGUCCCUUUUGGGGAUCGAACACUGGGGUUCCGAGAGGGAAGACCCAGAAGGCGGUUUGAGGAAAGAGACCAGGAAGCAGAGGAGGGAGAAGCAGACUAUGAGGACCAGGAGGAGGAGGAAGAAGAAGAGGAGGAGGGAGAGGGGCGCGGCAAAGUAGCAUCCUUGCUGGGCCGCCCCAAAAGGAAAAGGGUCAUCACCUACGCCCAGCGCCAGGCCGCCAACAUUCGCGAGAGGAAGAGGAUGUUCAACUUAAACGAGGCCUUCGACCAGCUGCGCAGGAAGGUGCCCACCUUCGCUUAUGAGAAGAGGCUGUCCAGGAUCGAGACCCUUCGCUUGGCCAUAGUCUACAUUUCCUUCAUGACCGAGCUCCUGCAGGGCAGUGAGAAAAAGGAGGCCUGCUGAGCGCGCGGGAGGGGUGGGCUGAAGAGACACCCCACCCCUUGCUAGGUGGGGUUCCUCUGAAAGGCAGAGGGACUUCUGAGCCUGGUUUUGAUAUGGUAAAA